CAGAGCAAAUGGGUUGCGGGUAGGGGGAGCCAGCUCCAGCCGGGUAAUGAAGCCCAUUUCAGCGUCAUUCCUUUCCCACGGCGGGGCAGCCUUCCUUCCCCGGGCCUGGCUGGAGGUGGAGGCGGGCCCAAGGUUAGGGGGUCAGCUUGCGCACCUGGGGCCGGGAGACAGUUACAUUUUGGCGGAAAGUUGGCAGCCACGGUCCCCCUCCCCUGCUUUUCUCCACGACUCUCCACCCCCCUCCGGGUGAUACAACGGAGGUGGGGGGUUGGGGGAACUGGCCUUGUGUUUUGGAACAGCUGCAGCCGGCGCUGGGCCCGCCUGGAAUGCGGGAGCAGGCUGCGCACCAGGACUUUUAUGGAAACUUGCUGCUGGAGACGGCGGCGGCGGCGGCGGCCAGAGGACUCCCAGCGGCUGGAGCAGAAGAGUUAGCGGCCAGAGCUCCCAGACCCCUACCCACAGCCAGGCAGGACGCGCACUGUCUCUCCGCGCGCAAGGAGGACCUUCACCAGUCACUGGCUCCUGGAGGGUGCAAAAAUAUACAGAGCUUCGUAAUCAGCCCAAGAUCACAUAGAGCAAACAUGAAUGAUAUUUCCCAAAAGGCUGAGAUUCUGCUUUCUUCAUCUAAACCUGUCCCAAAAACCUAUGUACCAAAACUUGGCAAGGGUGAUGUAAAGGAUAAGUUUGAAGCCAUGCAGAGAGCCAGGGAAGAAAGAAAUCAAAGGAGAUCUAGAGACGAAAAGCAAAGAAGAAAAGAACAAUAUAUUAGAGAGAGAGAAUGGAACAGGAGAAAGCAGGAGAUUAAAGAAAUGCUUGCUUCUGAUGAUGAGGAGGACGUAUCUUCUAAAGUAGAAAAGGCUUAUGUUCCAAAACUAACAGGAACCGUUAAGGGUAGAUUUGCUGAAAUGGAGAAACAAAGACAAGAGGAACAAAGGAAGAGAACAGAGGAGGAACGAAAACGCAGAAUUGAGCAGGAUAUGCUAGAAAAGAGGAAAAUACAGCGUGAAUUAGCGAAAAGGGCUGAGCAGAUUGAGGACAUAAACAAUACGGGAACUGAAUCAACAUCAGAGGAAGGAGAUGAUUCACUACUUAUAACUGUGGUACCUGUCAAAUCAUAUAAAACACCUGGAAAAAUGAAAAAGAAUUUUGAGGAUCUAGAAAAAGAACAUGAAGCGAAAGAAGGGAUCAAGUAUGAGGAAGAUAAAAGAAUAAGAUAUGAAGAACAACAACGAUCUCUCAAGGAAGCAAAGUGUCUUUCAUUGGUCAUGGAUGAUGAAAUAGAAAGUGAAGCAAAAAAAGAAUCACUUUCUCCUGGAAAGUUGAAACUAACUUUUGAAGAAUUGGAGCGACAAAGACAAGAAAACCGGAAGAAGCAAGCUGAAGAGGAAGCAAGAAAACGUUUAGAAGAAGAGAAGCGUGCUUUUGAAGAAGCAAGGCGGCAAAUGGUAAAUGAAGAAGAGGAAAACCAAGACACAGGAAAAAUUUUUAAAGAGUACCGCCCUGGUAAACUCAAACUUAGUUUUGAAGAAAUAGAAAGGCAAAGGAGAGAAGAUGAAAAAAGGAAAGCAGAAGAAGAAGCCAGAAGGAGAAUACAGGAAGAAAAGAAGGCAUUUGCUGAAGCAAGGAGAAACAUGGUAGUAGAUGAUGACUCCCCAGAGAUGUAUAAGACAAUCUCUCAAGAAUCUCUUACACCUGGAAAACUGGAAAUUAAUUUUGAAGAAUUAUUAAAACAAAAGAUGGAAGAAGAAAAACGACGAACAGAGGAGGAACGGAAGCAUAAGCUAGAAAUGGAGAAACAAGAAUUUGAACAACUGCGACAAGAAAUGGGAGAGGAAGAGGAAGAAAAUGAAACCUUUGGAUUGAGCAGAGAAUAUGAAGAAUUGAUCAAAUUAAAAAGGAGUGGCUCUAUUCAAGCUAAAAAUCUAAAAAGCAAGUUUGAAAAAAUUGGACAGUUGUCUGAAAAAGAAAUACAGAAAAAAAUAGAAGAAGAACGAGCAAGAAGGAGAGCAAUUGACCUUGAAAUUAAAGAGCGAGAAGCAGAAAAUUUUCAUGAGGAAGAAGAUGUUGAUGUUAGGCCUGCAAUAAAAAGCGAGGCUCCAUUUACUCACAAAGUGAAUAUGAAAGCAAGAUUUGAACAAAUGGCUAAGGCAAGAGAAGAAGAAGAACAAAGAAGAAUUGAAGAACAAAAGUUACUACGUAUGCAGUUUGAACAAAGGGAAAUUGAUGCAGCACUACAAAAGAAAAGAGAAGAGGAGGAGGAGGAAGAAAAUGGCAUCAUGAAUGGCUCCACUACUGAAGAUGAAGAGCAAACCAGAACAGGAGCUCCAUGGUUCAAGAAACCUCUUAAAAACACAUCAGUUGUAGACAGUGAGCCAGUCAGAUUUACAGUUAAAGUAACAGGAGAACCGAAACCAGAAAUUACAUGGUGGUUUGAAGGAGAAAUAUUGCAGGAUGGAGAAGACUAUCAAUAUAUUGAAAGGGGAGAAACUUACUGCCUUUACUUACCAGAAACUUUCCCAGAAGAUGGAGGAGAGUAUAUGUGUAAAGCAGUCAACAAUAAAGGCUCUGCAGCUAGUACCUGUAUUCUUACCAUUGAAACUGAUGACUACUAGCUCCCCUCCCCUCUUCCUGGAACUUUCUCUUUCACUCCAGCUUUCUUAUUACAUCCAUCUUUUCUGUGGCGGGGCCAAAAAAGGAAACCAGGAGUGCCAUUAUGUUGACUUCUUACUCCUUUACAUAAGUCUUCAAAACACAGCUCAUCUAAAGAAUGCCGCCUUCUUUUCCACACGAACAUCAGAUUUAUCACCUAUUAUGCAGUAACAGUCGAUAAAAUGUACUUAAUUGUGGGGUGGGAAAUUACUCAAUUAUUCUAUCAGAACCUAUUUAUAAAGGCUGUGUAUUUCCCAUAGAUGUUUACAACAACUAUGUUAAAAAAAAAAAAAAAAAAACCUAUGUAAAAUAUAUUAUUUUGCAUGAAUGUCAUGAGCCCUUUACACCUAAAAUUAGGUUGAAAUAGCUAAUUAAUUUGGAACCUAUCAAUUUGAGUGGGCUUUUUUUUUUAGUAGUAUAUCAUUUUGGUUGUUGUAGUUUCAAAGUCUUUCUGAGGCAGAUAUACUGGGAUUGGAAUGGUGGGGAGGAGUGAUACUCCUUUCACAGGAAAGUUGGAGCAGAGAGAAAAAUAAUAAUUAAAGGACUUUUAAGAAACACUUGCCUAUACAGUGUUGAGUGUUGAGGAUAUUACACGUUAUUUUUCAAACAUAUGUAAUAUAUAAAGCAAAUUUAUGCUGUGAUCUUGCCUGAACAGAUUAUAUUUUAAUGAAAAAACUUUGUAUUAAUAGUUCAUACAAGAGAAAACACUUUCAGCAUAGUCCAGCAUUUCAAGAUCUAAGUGUGUUAGAUUUAAGGAAAAAGUGGCACAAUCUUCAAUUUAAAAUUCUAGUCUUUAAAACAAGUUUGUAAAUAAUUAGCUAUUAUGUUCUAUUAAGUUGUUUUAUAUUUUAAUUUUCUGGAAUACAAUUUUAUUUUACAAUGUGAACUCAAAUAAAGUAACUUCUGUAUUUAAAAAA